AUGCACAGAUCUGGAUUGCUCCUGCUGCUGUCUCUGUGUGCCGGCUCUCUGGUGACCCGUAGUGGCGCGUUUGGGAAUCGAAAGCUGUGCGGGAUUCAGCUUGUGGAAGCGCUGCUACUUGUCUGUGGUGAAAAGGGUCUCUUCUACCAGCCUGGCAGGCGUUUCAGUUUCCGCAUCAUGAGGAACAGCGCCCCCUUCCUGCGGCAGACGGGAGUGGCUGCUCAGAGUGGAGAGAGGGGCACUGCCAGAAGCAGUGUUGCAAAGAGAGGCAUUGUAGAGCAGUGCUGCCAUUUCUACUGUGACUAUUAUGACCUGGAGAAUUACUGUAACACAUAGAGAAUCUGAUGCAUAUACACUUCACCUAAGAAAUGACAAGAACUUAUGCAUUAUUUAAGUACUGUCUGCAGGUUUGGGAUAUGGUUGGCCUAUUUGUAUGGUAUAUGAAGAGUUACUCGAAAUGUCACACAAUGGCCAUGUUUUCAAUUAAAAAGUUU